AUGAUUCAAUACAUUUAAAAAGCUGAACUAUUUCUACCUUAAGAAAUACGAAAAUUUAUUUCAUAUACAAAGUAAACAAAUAAAUCAGUGAUGGAUGCAGAAAACUAUUCAAUAGAUAAUCAUUAAUAAUACUCUUAAUUAUUUAAAGGGUAAGAAAAUUUAGAAACCAUAAAAAGAAAAUCAAUUUUAUUAAAUUAGUCAUGCUAAAAGGAAAUUUAAGAUUUCUUAUCUAAAUAUCAAUUCACAUAAUAAUUAAAUAUAACAAAGAUAUUUUAAUAAUUUUAUUCUGAAAAAUAUGGAUGUUGUUUUAUAAACUUAAAUUAAAUAUCAGACAAUUUACCUAAUUAUCUUUAGAAUACAGAAAUUGAAUAAUUCAAUGAUUAAAAACUUAAUUAAACAAUUGAUGAGCUUACUUCAAUUUAUAUUGAAUAUAUUAAGGGAUAAUUUAUUUAAGAAUCUAUUAUCUAAGAAUUUGUUUAAAACUAUUAAAACAUUUUUAGAAAAGUCUACUAUUCUAUAAUUCAAGCUGCAAAAAAAUAAUAGAGAGAGAUUUACAAUAAAUUAAUCAAGUAAAUCAAAUAGUUUUAUAAAAAUUAAUUAAACAAUCCUGUUUUGGAUGGAACUUGUACAAUAAUUAAAGAAAAUAAAAUUCCUUUAUUUUAAAUUAAGGAUUUGAUAAAUAAUCUUUUUGCUUAAAAUUAUAAAUAUUUGCAUGAUGAAUUAUAAAACUUGUACAAUUUUAAAUUAUCUUAUGUUAUUUUAUCAAGAUAUGUAUAAAAAACACUUGAUCAUUAAUUAUUUAAAUUAAAAUCUUCUCUUCAAAUCUUUAUGAAAAAUGAAAAGGUUCAUUAAGAAUUAAAAUUAAAAUCUAAUUAACUUUUCUAUGAAUAUUUUUAGAAGAAAGACUUUCUCUUAAUAAAAAAUAAAGAAUUUGCUACCUAAUUGUUUUACUUAUUGUUAUAAACUGAUUUGGAAUCAAAAGAAAUGUUAAAUAUUUUAGAUUUGUUAUCUUAAUAUACAGAAAUUCCAAAAAUAAAUAGUUCAUAAGAUGCUAAAUACACUAUAAAACAAUUAAAAAAUAUCUAUUUUAAAUAAAUUGAAUAGGCGAAACUUUUUUGGAAAAAUGAUAUUACAGAAUAAUAAAAUUUAUAAUUAAUUUUUGAUCUAUUCAUUUUCUUAAAUGAUACUUUUUUUGUGAAUGAUUAAUUAUUGUUUUCAUAAUAUUAAUCAGUAAAAAAAAAUAUUUUGAUGAAGAUAAUUAAUUUAAUGAAAGAAGGAUAUUAUGGAUAUUUUAAUAGUAAUUUAAUUAAAAGAUUUGAAAUUAUAAUUGAAGAUAUUAGAAAUUAAAUAUUUAAUCAACUUGAAAAAAGGAAAUAAAAUAUGGAAUUAUCUGUAGUAAUUUAAGGUCAUUAAUUCUUCAUAAAAAUUUAUGAUUAAUACAAUUACACUUAAGAAUUUCUUUAAGAAUAAUUUUAUUAAAGAAAUACUUUAUUUUAUAGGAUAUUAAAUUUUUAAACUAAUAGUUAAAUAAGGUAUAUUAAAAAUUUAAUGAGUGAAAUAUAGAAAAAUUAUUUAAAUGAUAUUUGUAUUCCAGAAAGAAUUGAAUUCGAAAUACGUUCAUCUGAACUGGAGUAAUCAUCUGUAGUUACUUUAUUCAUUUCAGGAUUUACUGAUUUAGAAGUAUAGAAUACUAUUUUAGAAGGAUUAAAAGAUUAAAAUAUUAUAAUUUUAAAUUGGAAUAAUCUUAAAAAAGAAAAUAAUAUAACUGUGAAAUUGAUGAUGGCUGUUCAAUAAAUUUUAUAAUUAUAAUCUCCUUUGAAAACAGUUGUAAACGCAUUAAAAGCCUACGCUAAUGCUCCAUUUUAAUAAUCAUAUUAAGAAGCUAAAUUAGUUGGAAAAUACUUAGCACAUUUAUUAAUUGAAAAAAAGAUCUUUGGGGAUCGUCAGAUAAAUAUUAUUGCUCAUUCUGUAGGAUCAACAGUAAUGUAUGAAAUGAUGAAAGAACUAGACAAUAGAACUACAACAUAAACUAUUAAUGAAAUACUGAUAUUAGGAGGAAUAGUGGAUAUAAGGAAACUUAAAAAACGAAGAUGGAAUUGUGUUGAAGGUAGGAUUUACAAUGUGUAUAGCAAAAAUGAUAUGAUACUUAAAUUGAUAUAUAAUUCAUUUAGAUGGAUUGAUUAACUUUGUGGUAAAUUUUGUUAAUUAUAAUUAGGAUUGAAUGAAGUUGAAUUAGGAUAUAGAAGAAUUGAGAAUUAUAAUAUGAGCAAUUUAAUUAAAGGACAUAAAGAUUAUGGAAUUCACAUUAAAUAAAUAUUAAUUCAAACAGACUUUUUAUAAUAUUUAAGAUUUUUAUAUGAAUGA